UAAAACCUGAUCUGAUCAUGGCCUCAUCUCCAUUUAUGGCUUCUCAACCAUCUUUUGCCUUCACCGUGACAAGGCUAAAGCCUGAGCUUGUUGCCCCGGCAGAGCCGACUCCCCGUGAAAUCAAGUACCUUUCCGACAUUGAUGACCAACAAGGUCUGAGGUUUCAAAUUCCACUUAUACAGUUUUACCGCAAUGAACCUUCCAUGAGUGGGAAGGACCCCGUGCAGGUUAUACGUCAGGCUUUAGCUAAAGCACUUGUUUUUUUCUACCCCUUCGCCGGUAGACUCCGGGAGGGACCUGGGCGGAAGCUGAUGGUGGAUUGCACCGGUGAGGGCGUCAUGUUCAUCGAGGCUGAUGCUGAUGCCACACUCCAACACUUUGCCAUUGGAGGCGAACUCAAGCCUCCAUUUCCGUGUUUUGAUCAACUUCUUUACAAUGUUCCUGGUUCUGCAGAAAUUCUCAACAGCCCUUUGUUCCUUAUACAGGUGACUCGUCUAAGGUGUGGAGGUUUCAUUUUUACGUUACGCAUGAAUCACACGAUGGCCGACGCAUCUGGACUAGUCCAUUUCCUGAAUACCAUUGCCGAAAUUGCGAGAGGUGCAGAAGCACCAGCGGUUCAACCAGUAUGGCAAAGGGAAUUUUUCAGUGCCCGCAACCCUCCCCGCAUAACAUGCACACAUUUCGAGUACGAGGAGGAGCCAGCAGCAGACUCAAUGGUAACCAACAUUCCACUCGACAACCUCGUCCAUCGUUCUUUCUUAUUCGGACCUACAGAGAUUUCCGUGCUACGUAGUUCUCUCCCUCCCCAUUUGCGCAAAUGCUCGACAGUUGAGAUUCUAACAGCUCUCGUGUGGCGGUGCCGCACCAUUGCCCUUGGAUUCCACCCGGACGAGGAAGUGCGCAUGCUUUUACUCAUCAAUGCACGUUUUAAGUUCAAAGAUACCCCGAUGCCAAGUGGGUACACCGGCAAUGCGUUUGCUUAUCCCGGCGCCAAAACGACAGCCGGCAAAUUGAGGAAAAACCCACUGGGUUACGCGGUUGAGUUGGUCACAAGCAUCAAACGUUGCUUUAGCGAAGAGUACAUGCAAUCCAUGGUGGACUUGAUGGUUCUUAAGGGGCGACCGCCCUUCCAUGUUGCCGGAAGUUUUAUUAUGUCGGAUCUCACCCGUUCUAAAAUAUCUGAUGUGGAUUACGGUUGGGGCAAGCCUGUUUUUGGCGGGCCGGCUCAUGGAGGUGCCGGUGAUGUUCCAGGUGUGAUUACCUUUCACGUGCCAUAUGAAAAUAAGAAAGGCGAAAAUGGCACUUUGAUUCCUAUUUGCUUGCCGGCCUUCGCAUUGGACAAAUUUGUGAAUGAGCUAGCAAAUACUUUUCUCAGGGCUGCUUUAUGAAUGUCUACAUAAAUAACUUAGUUGGUUUUUGAGUGAUAAAUUGUGAGCAAAUCAAGUGUUAAGAUCUUUAAGAUUCAGCAUUCUGUUGGGUUGGACUUCCCUCCUAUGUGAAAAAUAGCUCUUGGAUCAAGCCUUUUUGUAUCCAAUAUAUAUUUUG